GAUCAAACCUGGCAACCCUGUCGGCCUCCGUGCGGCGCUCCUCCAUCCUGGCACUUUACCUCCAUCCUGGUACCUCGAAAGUCCCCGGACCAAAAACAGGAACAGGUGCAGGAUGAGUUCAGCAGAAGAACCGGCAGCGUUAGAAAGCGUGAAGCCCGUCACGUUAACUCAGGACAGCGAUGGCAGCAUCAUUCUGCACUGUCCUUCAAAUGACGAGGAGUCAGAGCCUCUUCAGAAGAAGAUGCGAGUCUCCACGGAGGACAACUCAGAGGCGCCUCAGUUCUCUGUUGUCACCAUGUCUGAGAACGACGACAGCUUCGAGGUGACGAUGACGGCCACAGCUGAAGGCGAUCUCCCUGAGGACGGGGUCACUGAGAUCGAGAUUCUGCACGAGGAUAAAGAUCAGAAGGCUGAGGUGUCGCCUGUCAGCCAGGCCUGGUUCACCACUAAAGAGGACAAAGACACGCUGGCCAACAAAGGUCACAGGUGGAAGCAGGGAAUGUGGUCAAAGGAGGAGAUCGACAUCCUGAUCAACAACAUUGAUCGUUACAUGAAGCGCCGUGGCAUCCAGGAUCCAGCGGAGAUUAUUUUUGAGAUGUCCAAGGAGGAAAGGAAGGAUUUCUACCGCUCUGUGGCGCUGGGGUUGAACCGGCCGCUGUUCGCCGUCUAUAGGAGAGUUUUACGAAUGUACGACGACAGAAACCACGUCGGCAAGUAUACUCCAGAGGAGAUAGAGAAGCUGAAAGCGUUGAGGGAAAAACACGGGAACGACUGGGCGACUAUUGGAGCGGCUCUGGGUCGCAGCGCUUCUUCUGUUAAAGACCGCUGCCGUCUGAUGAAGGACACGUGCAACACAGGUAAAUGGAGCGAGGAGGAGGAGGGGCGACUCGCAGAGGUCGUGUACGAGAUGGCGGGCGUGACACCCGGGUCGGCGGUCACAGCGGGAGUCUCCUGGGCGACGGUCGCAGAUCGGGUUCGCACGCGCUCAGAGAAGCAGUGUCGAUCGAAGUGGCUGAACUACCUGAACUGGAAGCACAGCGGAGGAUCUGAGUGGACGAAGGAGGACGACCUGCACCUCCUGCGCAGGAUCUCUUUGGUGAGGGUGGAGGAUGAGAACGACAUCCAGUGGGAGGAUAUGGCGUGGGGUUGGAGCAGUGUGCGGUCACCUCAGUGGCUGCGGUCCAAGUGGUGGAGCAUCAAAAGACAAGUCGCCAACCACAAAGAAAUCCCGUUCAGCGUCCUCCUGAAGGGCCUCGAGGAGCUGAUGACAUCUUCACAGACAGCAUCUCUACCCGGGAGUCCCUCUCCUUCCUCGCUCCAGAUCCGACUUGCCCGGUUGGACGAGAGCAGCGGCUGCAGCCCCGCCCCCGGCUCGUUGGCAGCACUGCAGAUUCCCGUCCAGAUCCCGCUGCAGAUCACUCACCUGGCUUCAGAUUCGGCUGCAGCUGCAGACGGAGACACCAUCGCUCUGAACUCAGGGGCGCUGCAGACCUUCGAGAUCCUGCCGUCCUUUCACCUGCAGCCCACCGGCACCCCAGGAACAUACUACCUCCAGACGACGUCCAACCAGAGCCUUCCUCUCAGCUUAUCCAAUAACAGCACAGUAACCCUGACGACAGGCUCCUCCCCCUCCUCACAGGAGCACAUCAUCCUUCACAGCCUGUCGACCGACAGCCUCUGCUCUGGAGAUGGCGUCAUCAUUCAGACUGUGUCCUCUGACCCCGCCCCCUCAGAACCGCAGCUGGUCGUGGAAACAGAGGGGCGGAGCCAGGACAACCACCUCAAUGUGCCGGGUCUCCUGGAGGAUUCGGAGACGGUUGUCACGGAAACUCCUGAGUCAGUAGCUGAAGAUUUCACAGAGAAGAGUCCUGUGGUGGAUUCUGGGAUACCGUCAGGCAGUGCGGUGCUCAUCACGUCUUCCAACAUCAGCAGCGCCCUGACAGAUCCCAUCUUGGAGAACCAGGAAGGUUCUGACUGACCGAAAAGGACCAGAAGAGAGUCAAACUGUGAGUUCUCCUCUGGUUUUUAACCGGGACCUUUGAAACGGAUUUGAUCCUUUUAACCGAAGCGUCGAAGCUUCUCUGGGAAUCCCUGAUUGAAAUGUGAACGCAGCUUCGAUCUGAAAGGUUGCGCCUGAUGAACUUUGGGUCAAAACGAGCAGAACAUCUGCCGGACUUUAUUUAAAACCUCUGAGGAUAAAAUCAUGUGGAGAUAAAGAGGAGCUUCAUGAUGGCUGACUCAGUUCAUUAAGGUCAGUAAUGAUGAGUAAAACAAACUAUUUAAAUGUGGUUUCAUUUUAAAUGAUAUUGUAGAACUGGACGUUGUUAUUUUGAUACAUUUAUAUCGUCAUACGCUUUGUUUUCUCUAUAAAACUUCACCAUGUGACAUAAAAUCUUAAUUUAUGACUGAAUCUUUAAGCUCAAAACCAAAUAUUAUGAAAUAAGUGUUGUUGGAAAAAAAAAGGUUAUGUUUAGGUUACUUUAUCAGAAUAAAGGGGAUGUUUAUAACUGCAAAUUUGUGAAAAAUGUCUUCAUCCAUGUCCAAAUUGUUACGUUGAGGUUUGUGGUUGCCAAGUAACAUGACGGGUAUGAAUACUUUUUCAAAGCAAUGUAACAAACUUUAAAGACUCAGAGUUGAGCUCAGAUCUAUACAGGAAAAGGCAGAGAGGUGAUGUAAUGGUUUAUUCCAUAAAACAUGGCAUUUACAGGUAGAACCGUCAGAACCGCAGCAGCAGAACCAACAGAGAGGAUGUUUCUGUCCAGAGCUACAGCUCAGUAGAUGUUUUAUCAUUAAAGGAAAUGAUCAGAGAAUA